AGCGCAUUAAUAACUGUGCAUUGACUACAUAUAAAUAAAUAUAUUUCAUAUACAAUAUUAACUGUUUACAAUUUUAUUUAACGUGAUUUUUUUUUAUCACACAAAGUAAAUUGCCGAUCAUAAUUAAUGGAUAAGUAAAAUUCAUAGAAAGCAAAAUGUUCGGUCUCCUAAUUAAGCAAUGCAUGCGGACAUCGGCUUAUAGAAUAAAUAAUGUUAAGAUUGAUAUAAAAUACUUAAGUCAGGUUCCAAUAAAAGAAAAACAAACUCUACAACAGACUUCUACAAUCAAUGAUAAAAAUUUAACAGAAUCGAAGUAUCCUGAAUAUGAAAUAAUCUAUAGAUUUUCUUAUAUAAAAUAUAUAAGUUUUUAUCAUAUAUCUAAACGAAAUAUGUUAAUAGGCAGUGGUGUAAUAAUACCACUAAUGCUUUUAUUAUCUCAAGGAAGCAUAAUAUCUGAGGUAUCUGCUACUUUUAUAUCAAUUAUUGUAAGUGGAUUUACAUUGUCACUGUACUUGACUGGAACACUUUUUACCAAUCAAAUUGGUAUUAUAUAUUUUAAAGAUAAUGAAUCUAUAAAAAUUGCAUAUGUGAAUAAAUGGGGCAAAAGGAUAGACGUAGACACUUCGAUUAAUGAAAUUAAACCACUUCAAAGCAUUUCUUCUCCAAUAGGAAAUAAAUAUUUUAAAAAUGUAUAUAUUAAAUCACUUAAAUAUCCACUCAAACUAUAUGUACACUUCAAUACAAUUAAUAAUAAAGAACAACUAGUGAACAUAUUAGGUGAUUAUGAAUAAUAUCUAUAUAUUUAGACUUUAAAUUUAAUGAUUUAAUGUACAUAUUAUAAUAUCCAAAUAUAUUUAAUUAAACAAAA